GCUCUUGCAGCCGGCUAUGCCUCCGCAACACCCGCGGGCUACGGGGUCUGCCAGACCGGGUGUGCUACUGUGGUGAUGGCUUGCUACUCUGCGGCAGGCUUCACAUGGGGUGCUGCUCUUGGAGCCACGAUCCCAGCUUCAAUCCUGGCCUGCAACAGCGCCUUCGGAACCUGUCAGUCCGCCUGUGCGGCCGUUCUCUUGAUCCCAUUCCCUUGA